GGAAAUCACCGUACUUUCUUUGUUUACAUUAAAGUAAAAGUUACAGCGACUACAACAUGCCGAUGGAUCCACCAAAUGGACAGUUGUGUAAAGGGUGUUCAUAUCUAAUGACAGCCAUUAUAUCGAUAAUCCUAAUAGUCAGUUAUACAAUUUAUGUUAUUGCGAGAGCGUCAAAUGGUGCCAGUUUCACAAAAGGAGACAUAGUCUGUGCAGCCAUUUUAAUAAGUUUUGGAACAGUUAUUUUGAUUGUGAUGUUAAUUUGCUUGUGUCUUGAAACGCAAUACUGUCGACAGCAGCAUGAACGAGUUAUGACUGUUCCAAGUAGAAGGAUGAAACGUGUUCCUAAAGUGUCUGGUGAUGACUGUGCAAUAUGUUUAGAUGAAAAGAAUUCAGCGAUGACGACCAUUGUUGGUCUUUCAUGUCAGCACACAUUCCACAAAUCGUGUGUGAAAGAAUGGAUGAUACAUAAAUGUCCUCUAACUUGUCCGGAAUGUCGACAGCCAUCAAAGAAAUUUUCGUCAAAGACAAUGAUUUCUGACUUAAUAUAUACACUGACAGCUAAAAAGAAGAAGGAGAAAACAGUACCAAUGACAUAUGUAUAGCAGAAAUGUUGCUAUACAGAUAACAUUAUACUGACAGUCUUUCAGGGACCAUUUCUGUGCUUAUUUUGUUACUUUGAAAAAAAUAAUGAGUGAAAAGAAUGACUGACUAUUGUUAUGUAUGAAUAGAUGAUUGUGUAUCCAUAUUUUGAAUUAUUUACAAAAAAAAUCAUUCCAUUAUAUAAGAUAUAAUGCUAGACAAUGUCUGCACUUCAUAACAUGUUGAAAUACUAUGUAUAUAUAUUUUUUUUGCAAGUAAAGUGCGAUUUUAUAUGAGUGAAUUUGAAAGUAAUUGAAAUGAUAUGAAUGUUUUUUACAAGUGUAAAUAUGUGUGACUUUCAAAUGAAUCACGAGAAUACUGUCGAAUACAUGUGUAAGAAUGAUUGGUGCCAUUCAUCGGCAAAAGAAAAUAAAAUAUAAAUAGGUAAACAAUUAUUUCAUUUAAACAGUGCUUUUUCUUACGAUUCUGUUUACACAUAGGUCUAAUGUUUUUGUAACCUGCCUCUGUAUACUUUCUUCAUAUCAAUAAUUUGAUGACUAAACUAAUAUGGAAAUAUCCAAUACAAACAUAUGGUAAAUAAUGUGAUCUCAUCGCUCUUGUGCAAUAAUUUAAACCUAGUGAUACUGCAAAUGAGUAGAGUUUUAUACUCGUUUUGAAAACAUUGUAUAUGAGUGUUUUUUUCAUUGUUGUUGAUCUGAAAUCUUGCAAUAUUUAUCUACAGAAAUGAUUUUUUUGUUAUUAUUUGUUUCCUUACCUAAAACGUUAGAUUCAAGUCACGAUACCAGUAAUUUUCUUCACUCCUUUUUGCUUGGAAAGAAAUAACUGAUAUAUGUGCGAUAUUCUGUAAACCCUUAUGUCUACAAAGACAAUGACUUAAUUUUGUUACAAGGCGUUUAAAAAAAUAUUUACAUUAUUGUUGUAUCGAAGUUAUUAACAAGAACACUGACCGUGUUAUUUUUUAUUCGUCACGGUCGUCCUCUUCAGAAGCAUAUCUUUCAUUCAACCACAACUGUUAUAUGCUGAUGCUGCAUAUUUAAACAUAUUUCAUACUUCAUACUAGAAUAUAUAAACGACUAUUUGAAUUUUUCAAUGGUUUCUUUAUUAUAAUUGUACACGGUGGCUUUCUUCCAGUAUAGGUAUGCAUUUUUUGUUGUAACCUGGUAUUAUGGUUUAAAAUUCGCCCAAAGACUUCAGAUACAUGUAUUCGAAAGAAUAGCGUUACUGAAAACGACAAUACUGACUAAGAUUCCAGAUUUAUUUUUUGCAAUUGACAUAAUGAUAAUUCCUGAUUUGGCUAUAUUUUACAAUAAAAAAAAUUUAAAUUUAAAGUAAGCUUCAUAUACUUCAUUCUAAAACAAGUUAUCUUUCCGUCCUUCUACAAUGUAUGUAAAUUUUAUAUGAAUUUAUAAUAUGAACAUAGUUCUAUAUUAAAAGUGUCUUAUA